UUCCUCUUGAGGUCAAAUUACUAUAACAACAUGCUGGCUCUUUUAGCUGCUUAUUGCACUGCUGAGCUCUUUUUUAGAUUGGUCACGCGAAUGUCAGCUUUGAACGUGGAUGGCCAGCCUGGUCUUGCUCCAUAUGAGAUAAUUUCUUUGACAAUCAAGAUUCUCGCUUGGUUCUCUAUGCUGGUGAUGAUUUUUGUAGAGACAAAGGUAUAUAUAUCUGUGAGGCCAGGUGGUCUGUUCGGUUUGUAGUAUUAUACUGUUUGGUGGGGGAUGCGGUGAUGCUAGAUCUUAUCCAGACUGUGGGAGAGUACUAUACUGAGUGUUGUUUGGAUUGCUCUUGCUGUUUUAUAUUCUUGAUAUGGAUCCUUAUUCCGGCUACUCUCCACUUCAAAGUGAAUGUUUGCACAACACUGCAUAUGAAGAACUUCCUGAAGUAGAGCAGAUUUGUUCUGAGAGGCACACCAACAUAUUUUCCAGUAUGUGACUAAAUUUCUCAAGAACUUAAUAUUUUAGGUUUGACGUCCUUGAUAAGUUUGAUUAUGACACGAGCACAGAUUACAGCCAAUUAGGAAUUAAUGUAAAUUCCUCAAGCACUUAAUAAUUUAGGUUUGCCGUUCUUCAUAAGCUUGCUUAUGACAUGAGCACAGAUUGCGGCUGAUUAGAAAUUCAGGUACUUUACUUCCCAACUGGGAGGCCAGAUCCUGGGAGCUUAAGUACUUAACUAGAUUAUUGAUGCAUCACCAUUUAAGUAAAGUAACCCUUGUCUAGUGAUGUGGUAUCUGUUUAUGGAUGUAUAUGUCCACCAAUGAACUUCAGCCUACUCGCAUCUCGUUGGUAUACUCUACUUUGACCUCUUCAAUUCCUGUUUCUUGGGAGAGACGGAGGUUUGAUGAGUUCUAUAUUAAAAUUUGGUGUGAUGGUAGGGGAAACUACAAAUAUCUUAUUAGUUCCCCAAUUCGUAGUCUCGUUGUACACAAAUGUCAAAUUUUCUUAUUAUGGGUGAGGUCACAAUUCACAUAUGACAUAACAUUAGCUUCUAUGUACAGAAAGACUUAUAUGUAAGAUUGACAUAGAUGAAGGGACGCUGAAAAAGUUGGAGAAAGAAGACACUCAAAAGGAUAAGCAAAUUAAAUUGGGAGAAUUCUAGCACUUCUGGAAGCCUUGAUUGGUUCAGAAGAGAACUUACAUAACGGUUCUUGCAUAAGACAAAGCUGGUAUAUCAGAUCCAUGCUUAUGGUGCCAACAAGCUGUGUCCAUCAAAGUUGAAGUAUUAAUUUUAUCCACGGUUGGUUCCUAGGGCAUCAAAGUUCAACUAAUAUGCGGAAAUUUUUGUAUUAUGUCCUUUCUGGUAAUAGAAAUCGGUGUACAUGAUGAUAAUAAGGUCUACUCAGAGAUGGCGGAAAACCCUUUUAAUAUUUAUAUUUUUUUUCAGGAGUCAGUGGCGUCCCGGUUCAAAGCUUGGGUUUAAUUUUUGUUAGAUAGUUAGACAUAAAUAUGCACUGAAUGAAGUUACAAACUUGUGUUGGAUGGGUUUGUUGAAGGGAUAAUGUGUGGGAAGUUAAUCUUCUCAAAUUCAUUGACUUUGAAGUGGGGAUGGUAAUCGUAUUUACAUUUGGUUCAAUGUCUGUGAUUUGGGUGUUCAUCCCUUGAAGAAUUGUGCCCUUGGAUCUAUGUGACCAUGCUUCUGUAAUUUCUUGCAUUAUAAGUGUUGCGUCUUGAUAUCCUAAUUUGCCGUGGUUCUGCUGCAUGACAGGGAGCAAUUGUGAGGAAUAGCCAUUCUAGAACAAUAAUUUGGUUUGGUUCAUUGUUUGUCUACUUUGCUUCCUAAAAAAGGAGACUUACAAAGGUAGCUUAUGUGCUUUUAGUAUAUACCUCAGAGACUAUUCUAAAUUAUGUCUCUGAAGCAAUCUUUAAGAUGUAGAACUGGGAUUUGUAGACCUCUCUUGAAAAUGUGAAGAGACACACUUCAUGAUUGGAAAAAGUAUGCUAUGGAAAAGGUCUAAGAGGAUGACUCAUAUUCCAAUCUUUUAUACGCAAGCCUUUCGACGAGGUCACCUGAGAUGUAUAUGGAAUUAUGUCUGGAAAACAAGGUGCCAAAUGAGGUGUCUUUUUGGACGGAUUGCCUAGAAGACAUCCGUUGCAAAAUUCUAAGGUAUAGGAGGAUUGUCGUGAGCUGUCACUUUAUGUGUAAAUCAUUAUGAAGAUGUAGAGUAUUUGAUUUUGUACUGCCCAUGUACAAAUGAAUUAUAGAUUUUUCCUUUUUCUUAUUUGGUAUAGCAUGUACCAUUCUAUACCGAAACUAUAGCAUGGACGCACUUUCUUAUGCAGAAAUUACUUUUUCAUGGAUGAAUCCUCUUAUGCAACUUGGUUAUAAAAGACCAUUAACAGAUAUGGAUGUGUGGAAACUGGAUAUUUGGGAUCGGACUGACACUCUAAACAACUCGUAAGGGGCUCAUUUCUUCAUUUAAGAUAUAAUUAAAUCCUAUGAAGUGAAUAACUUAUUGGGAAAAGAAGUUAAAAUAUAUUUGGUGAAGCAGAUGUAUUAACAUUCUGAUAAACUAUUUAUGUUUCAAAAGAGUUGGCAAGAGGAGUCUCAAAAACCUAAACCAUGGCUUUUGAGAGCUUUAAACUGCAGUCUUGGAGGAAGGUUUUGGUGGGGAGGCUUCUGGAAGAUCGGCAAUGAUGCUUCCCAGUUCAUUGGGCCACUUAUUCUAAACCAACUCUUACAGGUUAAAAGCAAUUGCGCAUUCUGCAAAUUGAUAAUUGUGCUUGGUGUUCUCCUUGAAGCUCAGUAUUUUCAGAAUGUCACGCGUGUUGGAAAUCGCCUGAGAUCUACUUUGAUUGCAGCAGUUUUCCGAAAGUCUUUGAGGUUAACCCAUGAAAGUCGGAAAAAAUUUGCAUCAGGAAAGAUAACCAAUUUGAUGACAAGAGAUUCUGAAGCACUUCAGCAAACAUGUCUGACACUUCAUACUAUUUGGUCAGCUCCUCUUAGCAUCACUGUUGCACUGAUUCUUCUUUACCAGCAAUUGGGAGUUGCAGCACUUCUUGGUGCACUUAUGUUGGUUCUUAUGUUUCCUGUACAGACAUUUGUGAUAAGGAAGAUGUGCAAACUGACGGAAGAAGGAUUACAGCGAACAGACAAGAGAAUUGGUUUCAUGAACGAAGUAUUGGCUGCAAUGGACACAGUCAAAUCUUACGCAUGGGAGAAGAGUUUCCAGUCCAAGGUUCAGGGAGUUCGGAAUGAAGAGCUGACUUGGUUUAGGAAAUCACAAUUACUAGGAGCGUUGAAUAGCUUCAUUCUGAACAGUAUUCCAGUUGUGGUGAUUGUAAUCUCAUUUGGCAUAUUCUCCCUUCUCGGCGGAGAUCUAACACCAGCAAAGGCAUUUACAUCUCUAUCCUUGUUCGCGGUGUUGCGUUUUCCUCUCUUCAUGCUUCCUAUUACAAUAACACAGGUUGUUAAUGCAAACGUAUCGUUGAAACGUCUAGAAGAGCUUCUCUUAGCUGAAGAGAGAAUACUUCUUCCCAAUCCACCUCUUGAGCCUGGACUUCCAGCAAUUUCAAUCAAGAAUGGAUGCUUUUCAUGGGAAUCAAAGGUCUCGGAAGCCGGAGAAAAUUUCAGUGUUGGACAGAGACAGCUUUUAAGUCUUGCUCGAGCAUUGCUUCGCCGGUCAAAGAUUCUUGUUCUUGAUGAAGCAACUGCUGCUGUUGAUAUUAGAACUGAUGCUCUCAUUCAGAAAACCAUACGCGAAGAAUUUAAGUCAUGCACCAUGCUCAUCAUUGCUCACCGUUUGAACACUAUCAUUGACUGUGACAGAAUUCUUCUGCUUGAUUCUGGUCAGGUACUUGAAUAUGAUACUCCAGAAGUAUUAUUAAAAAAGGAGGGAAGUGCUUUUUCUAGGAUGGUUCAGAGUACUGGAGCUGCAAAUGCUCAAUACUUACUAAACUUAGUCUUUGGAGGGGAAGAGGGCAACAGUAUAGCGAGGGACAAACAACUAGAUGGGCAAAGGGGGUGGCUUGCUUCUACACGUUAGGCUGCAGCGGCAUAGUUUGCACUAGCUGUUACACUUACUUCAUCCCAAAAUGAUCUUGUGCAGCUAGAAAUUGAGGACGAGGAUAAUAUCCUGAAGAAAACAAAGAAUACUGUAAUCACUCUGCAGGGAGUAUUAGAGGGUAAGCACGACAAAGACAUCGAAGAGACCCUGGAUCACUACCAGGUUUCCAAAGACAGAUGUUGGUCUUCAUUGUACAAGAUGGUUGAAGGUAAAUACAGCUGCAAAUUAACAUAGUCAAAAGCAAAAGUAUUGCUUUAAUAGACACCUUCUUUGAGAAUCAUUACACCAUUAUAGUCCAUACUGAUGAACCAGAUAUACUCAAACAGCUUUGACUCACAGGCGUGCCCUAACAAAGGAAUAGGAUGUACCUAGAUAAAAUGUUUUACCCACUUUAAUUGCCACUAUUUUUUUAAUUUGGCUUUAGAUAUUCGA